AAAAAUACAGCCCCGAAGUUGAGAAUCGGAAGCCCAGUUUCGAAACGCGUUAUCAAAUAUAGUUUCUCCGCCUGCAUCAUUGGAAGCGAUCGUCCCUCUUCCGUUAUCAGCGAACGGAGCACAGCCAUGAAAGAUGACUAUGAGACUGAUGAGAAAAAACAAGCUGCUGCUGAUGUAAUGUUUCAAUAUUCAAAAUUUGUGAUGGCUUGUAUUGGUAAUCAAGUAAGACCAUGCGAUUUGAGAUUUCAUUUGAUGAAGGAGAUCUCUGGAAUACCAACUUCAUUGAAGAGAGAAUCGUCCCAACGAGCAGCUUCUCCCGAUGCCAUGGGCGAAUCGUCAAGCUCAGGUACAGCUAGACUUGAUAAAGUAGACAGCUUUCGAGCGCUGUAAUUCGACUCCGAGUUGAAUGCCUUCACUGCAUAUGAGAGUUGCCUGCCUUGUGCAGCCUCUUCUAUUCUUUAAAUCACAGCGUUCUCGUUAAUUGCAGUUGUCUAUUUGCUGUUUGCGAAGAGAUGGAAACCUUCACUAUUUUACAUGUAUUUCUUUGAAGCUCUGAAUGUUUAAUGUGAGUACAUGGACCGUUGGAUAUUAAUUGGGCCCGGCCCAAUAGCUCCUCUAAUGGGCUUUAUCCAAUUUGUUCCAAGCUUCGGAACACAAGUAAACAUAUGUAUUUUUUUAUCGUUUAUAAGUUUUCUAAUGGUAG